AUGCUCGAGCUAGGUGAACACAAGUCCCACGGGCAAAGCAACGUUCAAGGUGUUGGAUUCUUGUCUGCUAGAUGUAGAUUGGGAAUCCGUGCGAAAAAGUGUUACCUUUGCGGUAGCAGCGGAUGUGUUCAAUAUGCGAGAGAUGAAUCAAACCGACUCAGUACCUGGCCUCGCGAGUUGACAGCAUUAUAUCGCUUCACUUGCGACAGGCGUCGUGCCUCUGUGACUCAGUACCUGGGCUCGCGAGUUGACAGCAUUAUAUCGCUUCACUUGCGACAGCGUCGUGCCUCUGUGACUCAGUACCUGGGCUCGCGAGUUGACAGCAAAAUAAGAACUUUUGGAAACUGAUGGGCAAUACCGCACAUUUUUUUCCAGUCAUCUACAAAAUAAAUAGAUUUGUUAAAAUCACCACUUGCGAAGGUGUCUUGUCAUAGCCAAUUAAACGAGCAGAAGAGACUUAUUGACAGCUCGCGACGCGCUGUUAGAUAUACGGAUUUAAAGACAAAUGUUUUGAUAUCGAUAAUAUUAGUAGCUUAUGGUACAGUGCAAAUGUAGGACUGCACUGAAUGCAGUGCAGCAAAGAGUAUUCGACGC